AAUACCAAGUAUACAACCACCCCAAACGCUUCCCCUGUUCUUUACCAUUUUCUCCAAACUUCUUCCUUUUUCAUAUCUUUCUUCAUCUUCUCACGCGGAUUUACAAUUAAUUAUAUGUGUACAUAUUCAAUUCAAUUCACGCACUCAAAAAUAUUGGUUUUAAUUUCCUUAAAUAGCGCAAAAAAGGGUCGCCAUUAAUUUUCCAACUCGUCUUCUUCUCCGGGAUUCCGAAGAUUUUUUUCUUCAGAGGAUUUUCGGGUUCGCGAAUUCUUGAGAGGAUUUUUGGGUUUGCGAAUUCUUGAGAGAGAGAGAGGGAUAAAGGCCGAAGCUUUUUUGGUCUAGAGAGAGAAAGAGGCGUUGGGUUGACUUUGAAUGGCGUCCGCGGCUAUAUUCUCGUCGCUGCGGCGGCGGCGGUCGCCGUCGCUGGAGGCGUUCUUGGCGCCGCUGGAUCUGACGGAUUGGGCGCUGGUGGAGACGCUGGCGGCGUUGGCAACGGAGCUGAUUUCGUCGUUUUCCGGCAAGGAGGGGCCGGCGUAUCAGCGGAAGAACUCCAAAUCUCUCCUCCGGAAAAUACAGAUUUUCUCCGUCGCCAUGGAAUGCCUUAGAGAAAACAGAGCUUCUUCUUCUUCGAGGUUUCCUUCUACUGCUUUUCUGUGCUUUAAAGAGCUGUACCUUCUGCUGUACCGCUCCAAAAUCCUGCUUGAUUAUUGUGUACAGUCCAGUAAACUCUGGCUUUUGCUGCAAAACCACUCUAUUUCGGGUCAUUUCCAUGAUCUGAACCAAGAAAUUUCCACCCUUUUGGAUGUUUUGCCAAUUAAUGGAUUGAAUUUGCCUGAUGAUGUUAGGGAACAAGUAGUUUUGUUACAGAAACAAUCCAAAAAAUCCAAACUUUUUAUUGAUGAGAAUGAUGAGUUGUUGAGGUUGAAGUUGUAUGAAUUCUUGGAUGAGUUUGAGAACGGGAAAAUCCCGGAUUCUCUCGAGCUAUACUCGUUCUUUGUGGAGAAAUUGGAGAUUCGUGACGCGAGGAGCUGCAGGGUGGAAAUUGAGUUCUUAGAGGAGCAGAUUGUGAACCAUGAAGGGGAUAUUGAUCCCACAGCCUCUGUGCUUAAUGGAUUCGUGGCAAUGGCGAGAUAUUCCCGGUUCUUGCUGUUUGGAUUCGAUGAGGAUGAUGUAGAGUUUGGGGUUGGAAGGCAUAGUAAUAAGAACCCGAGUAAGGGUUUAAUUUCUCAAGAAAUCGCUGAGACGUUUGUUUCGGUGCCAAAGGAUUUUUGCUGUCCGAUUUCGUUGGAUUUGAUGAGGGAUCCGGUGAUUGUAUCCACCGGACAGACGUAUGACCGGGCUUCCAUCUUGAGGUGGAUGGAGGAGGGUCAUUGUAAUUGUCCAAAGACGGGGCAAAUGCUUGUUCAUACUCGUCUCGUGCCCAAUAGGGCUCUCAAGAAUUUGAUUAUGCAGUGGUGUGCUGCUCAUAAAAUCCCGUAUGAUCUGCCAGAGCCGGGAGAGUCGUGUAGUGAAGGUUUUGCAGCGGUGUCGCCUGGCAAGGCGACAUUCGAGGCUAAUAAAGCCACAGCAGCUCAUCUAAUAAAACAGCUAGAAGAUGGGACGCAGAAUGCAAAAACUAUUGCUGCUCGGGAGAUUAGGUUGUUAGCGAAAACUGGAAAGGAAAAUCGAGCUUAUAUAGCUGAGGUUGGGGCGAUUCAUCAUCUGAAAGAUCUGCUUUCUUCUCCCGAUGCGGUCGCACAAGAGAAUUCUGUGACUGCAAUGCUUAAUUUGUCAAUCUACGAAAAGAAUAAAAGCCGAAUUAUGGACGAAAUAGGGUGUCUAGAAUUGAUAGUUGGAGUUCUAAGGUUUGGGCACACAUCAGAGGCUAGGGAAAACGCUGCAGCAACGUUAUUCAGCCUCUCCGCGGUUCAUGACUACAAGAAAAGGAUCGCAGAACAAGAUGGCGGGGUAGAAGCAUUGGCGGGGCUGUUGAGAGAAGGGUCGUUGAGAGGGAAAAAGGAUGCGGUGACAGCUCUAUUCAAUUUAUCUACUCACACGGAGAACUGCGUGAGAAUGAUAGAUUCCGGAGCUGUCAACGCGUUAGUCGGGGCGUUGGGAUGCGAAGGCGUGGCCGAAGAAGCAGCCGGUGCGUUGGCACUGAUCGUCAGGCAGCCAAUCGGGGCAGCCGCAGUUGGGAAGGAAGAAACAGCGGUAGCAGGGCUAAUCGGGAUGAUGAGAUGCGGGACGCCUAAAGGGAAAGAGAACGCAGUUGCAGCGUUGCUCGAGCUGUGUCGAAGUGGCGGGGAGGCUGCAACCGAGAGGGUGUUAAAGGCGCCCGCCUUGGCGGGAUUGCUCCAGUCGCUGCUCUUCACCGGGACAAAACGCGCACGGAGAAAAGCAGCGUCGCUCGCCCGGGUUUUCCAGCGGUGUGAACACGCCUCGAUGCACUAUGGCGGGCUGGGCGUAGGAUAUGCAUUCGCAGGAAACUCGGCCAACACUAGAGACACAACUUUUGCCAGUGAUGUCUCAGUGCAAAUGUCCAUUUCUGUGCCAGUAUUAUAAUGGUAACCAUCCAUCAUCUGUUGUUCUCCCCUCCAUUAUGUAACCUUUUUUUGUUUGUAAUACUCAAAAAAUUCUUUUAUUGAUCUAUAAAUGCCACAAAAUAAAAAGAUUAGAAAUGCCAUACAUCAACUUCAAAGACUAUUGUGUUCUUAGCAAUUAGGCUUUUGUGUUGGGGGUGAAAUAUCAUCAUAUAAUGGAGUUUUAAUGCUUUGUUUGUUGCAAGGCUCAUAGGAAAUCAUAGGCAGUGAUAAUGCAACUUGGUACUUGCCAUA